AUGGAUCAGCAUGGCAAUCCAGUAUUGAAUCUACCAACCGAUCCUAUGGUUGCAAUGUUAGAACUGUUUCAGAAGCUUGUUGCUGAACAAAGGGCUGCAAUUGAAGCCCAGAAGGCUACUGCUGAUGCAAUCAUGACUAGAUUGCAACAAUUGGAAGAACAAAGAGUCACCCCUGACAGAGAAAGCAACUUACCCAUAGAUGAAGACAGGUACCAGCUCAAUUCGGUGGUACAGAGGCUACCUGACAGAGAUGGGGAUCCCAGAGAUGAUUAUAGGGGUCACAGAGAUGGAUCUAGAGAUCAUAGGGAUAGACUUAGAGAUGAUAGAAACCAUUACAGAGAUUGUCGGGACAAAACCAGAGGUAUCCGUGAGCCUUCCCGAGAAUACAAAGAUCGACACAGAGGCUACAAAGACAGAGAUAGAGAAGAGCAGGACAGAAAUAGAGGUCGCCAACCUACUUUUGAGGAGUACAUGAGAUCCUACUUCACUGGAGACCAAGGUCCUAAUCGGUGCCACACUGAUAAUCAGAAGGUGAAGCUUGAACUGAUAGAAUUCGAUGGUGAUCAUGACCCUCAGGAAAAGGGACUUAUUGCUAAGGACUGCCCACACAAGAAGAAGACCAUCAACGUGGCUGCCAAGGAAGAAGCCCAUGAUGAUGAUGAUGAAGAAGAGGGCCUAGAAGCCUAUCCUGCCGAUGAUGAUGUGGCUAAGGACUAUGAAGGCUUGGAUAAUGAUACAAGAGGCAUUCAUGUGAUGAUUCAAGAGGCUGCUACCCAGCCGGAAGUCCAGCCUUCUCUGCCCAUCAAGGAGCCUGCUGCCUACCUACAGGUUCGAGCCACCUGCUGA